UAUGUUACCAGAAUUAAUUUUAAACCGAAAAAAAAAUCAAUAAGAGGUUUCGCCUAAAACCCUUGUCGUCCUCCAAAAGCAUGGACCAAAAUUCGGGCCUUUAAUCAACUCUCCAAAUAAACCCUAGCUAAACCCCCAUUUUUAUUUUAUCCACCAUUUUUUAUUAUCCGCCCUCAUUUCUCCAUAAACCCUAAACUUUGUUCAAAAUUGUUAAUUUUCCUUCUUCUGGGGUUUCCUUGAUUCUGCACAGUCGCUGUUGACUACGGUACACCUUUCUCUCUCUCAUACUUUUAUUACUGAAAUUGAACUCUUUUGUAUUCAAACAUUUGUUCUUCUCUGCAUUUUUUUUAAAUUUUUUUAUUUGAGUACUAUCAUUGCUCAGUUAGCACUGUAUAAUCUAAUUAUUUUUCUAUAUUUCUCCCCUUCUUAAUUACCCGUUUCCCAAUUGGACGCAUUUUUGAAAAGUUCAGAUUUUUGUAGUUUAAAGUUGCUAGAAUUAUAUAAGCUUGAAAUGUAAAGGAAUUGAUUUAUGUAGAAAAUGCCGAGGCCAUUGGGAGUAAAAGCUGGUAAGAAAAGGAAGAAGAGAGAGGAAAAAUAUGAUAAAGAGGAGGAUGAGCAAGUAGAAAUGGUACAAGAGGAUGUACCAGCUGCUGCCACUAUUGAGGAAACAGCUGAAGAUGAUAAGGUAGCGGAAGAUUUGGCCGAUGAUAUCCCCGACAUUCCGGUUACUAUUACGAAGCAGAAGAGCCAGCCUGGGGCGAUUUUCGUGCUCGAAAGGGCUUCCCUUGAGGUUGCCAAAGUAGGGAAGACCUACCAAAUUUUGAAUUAUGAGGACCAUGCCAAUUUUUUGAUGAAGCACAAAAAGAAUCCUGCAGAUUACAGGCCAGACAUUGUUCAUCAGGCUCUUCUGAUGAUUUUGGAUAGCCCCUUGAAUAAGGCUGGGAGGAUUCAAUCUGUGUAUGUUAAAACUGAGAAAGGUGUACUUUUUGAGGUUAAACCUCACCUGCGUAUUCCAAGAACAUAUAAGCGUUUUGCUGGCAUUAUGUUGCAACUGUUACAAAAGCUGAGCAUAUCUGCUGCUGGCAAACGAGAUAAACUUUUUCGUGUGGUUAAAAAUCCUGUAACUCAGUAUCUACCUCUUAAUUCUCGUAAGAUAGGCUUUUCAUUUAGCUCAGAAAAAUUGGUUGACAUUUAGAAAUAUGUGGA